AUGAAACAAUAUUUUAAGUUUCUCCUUUUUAGUGUAAUCUUUAUAUUUGCUGUUUUAAUUUGGAUACGCUGUUAUAAGAAUAAUGUGAAUAACUAUCAUAAAACAUUGCAUAAAAAGUAUAAGUUAGAUAACCAUUUAACUGUAACAAUUAAUAGACUAUUAUCAGAGGAUUCAAUUGAUUCAAUAUUAAAUGAAUAUUUAUCUGAUAACGAGGGGAAUAAUAAAUUACAUGUUGAAGGAAAAGAUAUAUAUAAAAGUUACGGAGACAAUGAAUCAGAAAUUGAGGAAUUAAUAGAUAACUCAAUAAUUACGGAUAAAGGGGCUAAAGUAGCUACGAUAAAAAAAUCUUCUUUUAUUAAUAGAUUAGAUACAUAUUUUGAGAAGAAAAUAUUCAAUCAAUUAGAUUCCAUAGAUAAAAUUAAGUAUAGAAUGAAAAUUAAUAGAAAAGCUGCACUUAAAUUGAUAUAUAAAGAGACAGCUUUAUUAUUUACUCCACACCUUUCACUUUUAUUUAUAGGAUUUAUACUUUUUAUAUCAAAAAUUUCAUUAAUUUAUAAAGAAAGUUCGAUAUUAAAGGCACUUUCAAUAGUAAAUUCUCUUGUAUUAGGAUUUGUGGGUCUCUUAAUUUUAGUAGGUUUAUUUUAUGUUCUUGUAAAAAUUGUAAAAUAUAAAAUGAUGAAAGCAAAUAAUUAUAAACUUUCUUACAAUGAGUUAGUUUCUUUGGUAAGGAAUACUUUUACUAUGGAGUAG